CUCGGGACUUUUACGCCAGCAGCAGCAGCAACAGUACGGACAAACAAGACGCUUCCAACAAAGUAGAGGCUACGUCUCCUCGUCCUCAUCCUCCUCCUCAGCCGACUCGGUAGGCACGGGCAGUGAGGGCAGCAGCAACGGCAGCGGCAAGACCAAGCGCCUCCCGCUGGGCAGCCCGAUCGCCAACGUCGAGGCGCUCGACCACCUCGUGCUAACGGUCAAGUCCCUCGAGGCGUCGAUCCGGUGGUACACGUCGGUGCUGGGCAUGCGGCACGUCAUGUUUGACACGGACGCAGCGUUCUCCUCCCCUUCCCCUUCCUCUUCUGAUGUCACGACGGCCACCGCCACCACCACAUCUUCAUCACCGCCGCCGCCGCCGUCCGGAGCCACCACAAGCCAAGGGCAAUCCCAGCCUGAGAAGCAAAACCAGCAGCAGCAGCAGCGCCGACGCCACGCCCUGUCCUUUGGCAGGAGCAAGAUCAACCUCCACGAGUCCGGGCGCGAGUUCGAGCCCAAGGCCGCCCUCCCCGGUCCCGGCACCGCGGACCUGUGCUUCCUCAUCACCGAGGACGUGGAAGGGCUCCCUGCGCGCUUCGAGGCCGCGGGUGUUGAAGUACUCUGGCAUGACGUUAACCAAAACAACGCCGCUGCUGGGGCCAACAACGACAGCCAGGGCAAGCCACGAAAAGGGGAAGCAGCGCGAGAUCAGGGAGAGGAAGCGAACUCGUCGUCUCCGUCGACCGCCGUCUCCGCUGGGAGUCCCAAGAACGGCAAGGGCAGGACAGCUGUCGUGACACGCACUGGUGCCCGCGGCACGUUGAGGAGUGUGUACCUUCGCGAUCCGGACGGGAAUCUCAUCGAGUUAUCCAACUACAAGACGACACAUGGAAAAGAGAGCGAAGUGAAUGAAGACGAGUACGAGGACAACGUCGACGCCGAAGGAGGGCACGAUGUGGGUGGAGUCGUGCCCACACCAUCAUAAAGCGUAGGUCUAUGUGAGCCUUUCAGUCUUCGGGCGUGACUAGCAAGUCUCCCAAACAUCACGUUUUGAGCUGGUUUCGGCGUAAUGGGUGCCAGAGUGGUCUGGCACAGGCAGUCGGAGCACAGUUGAGAUGGGUCAAUCACACAGCAUAUAGCAAGCUGCCACA